AUGAAGCCUCAAACCGCUGCCCUCCUUCUCAGCCUGCUGGGCUCCUCCCUGGCUGUCCCCGUCAAGAACCAGGACAGCCAAGCGUUCCCUACCGAUGUCCAACCCACCGGCACGCAGGGCGGCUUCCCCGGGGGCCCUCCCUCUGGUCUGCCCUCUGGCUUCCCUCCCGGCCCUCCGCCCUCGGGCUUCCCAUUCCCCUCCGGCUUCCCUACUGGGUUCCCGUCCGGCUUCCCAUCGGGCUUCCCUCCGGGCCCUCCUCCGUCCGGCUUCCCCGGCUUCCCCGGUGGCUCCGAGCCUUCUGGGCCCGCUCCUACCGGCCCUGCUCCCACCGGUUUUCCUUCGGGGCUCCCUGACCGCUCAGGCAUAAAAGUGCGCUCUCCCCAGUUCGGCGGCGGCGCUCCAUCGGGCCCUCAGCCCUCCGGUCCUGUUCCCUCUGGCUUCCCCGGCGAGGGUCCUAGUCCCACCGGCCCUAUCCCUUCUGGCCCCGUGCCGUCUGGCUUCCCUGGCGGUUUCGGUCAGGGCUCUGAGCCGUCUGUCUUCCCUGGUGGAUUUGGACAGGGUUCUGCACCUUCUGGGUUCCCGUCUGGCGCCGUGCCCUCUGGCUCUGCUUCCGGUGGAUCUGGUGGUUUCAUGGACUGGCUGCAGUCGUUGUUCUAA